CAAUCACUUACCAACCAUGCAUUACAUGAGUGAAAAAUUAUUAUUUCUCAUCAACGUAUAAAAAAGCGGCGAAACACGAAGAAGAAGAAGUAAAACAAUAUCACGGUAUGUGUGGUGAAUAGCGACGAUAGCCAUGGCAAAUGUACCAUUAUCAACACUUUAUCCUAUGGUUCUUUCGAUGUUGACCUAUAUCAGUCCAACACUUAAAACGGAUGGAGAUGGAUACAUAACUCACUUUGAAAUCAAUAAAGAACCCGUGUCUAAAAACCUCACUUUGGACACAUACUUGGAUGCGAUCAGUUUCACGCUAUACACACGAGAGAAUCCCACAGAUGGCGAGAUCCUAAAACUAAAUGACGUAGAGUCCGUCCGGAACAGUCACUGGAACGCAACUAAACAAACCAUUAUAGUCACCCAUGGUUGGACUCACAGCGGUGAAGCUCCAGUUUGUACAACCAUACGCGAUGGUUUCCUUAAGGUCCGAGACUGUAACGUUAUUAUUCUCGAUUGGAGUGAGAUAGCAGACGGACUAAUUUAUUCUGUCGUCGCAGAGAUCGUACCGUACGUUGCUCAACGUACAGCUAGUUUUAUAAACUUUAUGCGAACUAAGGCUGGUUUGCGAACGUCCAACUUGAAAAUUGUUGGGCAUUCGUUCGGUGCUCAUGUCGCCGGCUUGAGCGCGCGAGAGGUAGGAAAAUCAAGCCGAGUGGCGGAAGUUAUCGCUCUCGAUCCUUCCAACGUAAUGUUUCAACACAAAAAACCCGGAGAAAGACUUGAUAAAUCAGACGCAGAAAAUGUUCAAAUUAUCCACACAUGCGCUGGAGGGCACGGUUAUUAUCUGUCUGUUGGUACUUCAGACUUCUAUGCGAAUGAUGGAAGACAUCAACCAGGAUGCGGCAUUGACUUGUUUGGAAUUUGCGCACACUUGCGUAGCUACAAAUUCUUCGCUGAAUCAAUUACGAAUCCGAAAGGCUUCCUCGGCACACGUGCAGAUGGUGCAACAGCAUACAUGGGUGGUGCUACCCCCGAUCCGAAAGCUAAAGGAACCUAUUACUUCAAAACUACCGGUCAAUAUCCUUUUGCUCUUGGUGGAUAACAUUAUUCUGCUGAAUAUUCAAUAUUUGAAUUUAUUUUGUACAGAUGUAUUUCAAUAUUUGUAAGAUACUUGUAUAGAUUAUGAAGAAAAUUAGAAAAUAAAUAGCUGUUGAUUUUAUUGAAA